AUGACAUUAUUGUACAGCCAAGUAGAGAAUGGUAUGAGCGAUGAGGCAGAGAUUGAGACCGCGGGCAGUCUCUAUCUACUUCGGCACGACAUUGGAAACAAAAUGAACAGCAAAUGUGAGCAAUUGGCCACCACCAUCACACGCAUGCGCAAUAACUUGGAGAAUCUAGAAAUUGCCCGGAAUACAAUCGCGAUGGCAAACGAUGAUCUGCUGGUGCUACCCAUACCACAGCUGCAUCAUGCGUCUAUUGCGAAUAUACUGCAAUGGUGGCGUCAAGUAUAUGCCGCAUACUGUGCCGAAUACACCCUAAUGGCCACUGCCGCUGACGAGAUCGUACGGCACUCGCAUGCCACAUCUCAGGAGAUUGCGCAUGUGCAGCUCCUCUCUAUACUCAGCCACCCGUUUCUGGCAACCCCGGCGCUGAGGCAAACACGGGGCUUGUUGCAUGCUGUGAUACUGCCCGAUUCUGAUAACACUGUCAGUUAGCCACUUGUUGAAGUUCUUGGUAAAUACUAUGAGUACACAUUUACCCUUGCAAGUGUAUGAGGCAACAGCCGAGAUCCCUCGAAACAGACUCAAUACUACCUCGUGUGCUGGAAGUGCUGCAUGCCGCCUUCGCGAAUGAUCGAAGAGUGCAUCAGCCCCGCAUUAGACAGAUAUACCCCUCUAGUAGAUGGUUAUAAGAUUUUGACUUCGAAAAGCAGAGAAAGAAGCAGAAAAUUCCGCUGCUGAGCUAGUGUUGCGUGGUGUAAAACAGAUCGAUACAGAAAACGCGCGAGAAGCUAAAGUCACAAAGAAGCUAACAUCACAAAUAUUGUAGGCAGUACAUGGCAGAUAUUAACAUCUGCACAUACCGUCAUUUUCUGGCAUGAUAGGGACGAAAUGUCUUAAUGAUAAUAAAGCAG